UAAUCGCUCCCAGAGGCGGCUCUCAGCGCGCAUGCGUGAACAUUUACCCAGCAGGUAAACUCCACCAUGGCGGCGAGAGGCCAUGUGCAGGACCCCAACGACAGGAGACUCAGACCCAUAUACGAUUACCUUGAUAAUGGCAACAAUAAAAUGGCAAUACAGCAGGCAGAUAAACUGCUGAAGAAACACAAGGACCUGCAUUGUGCCAAGGUCCUAAAGGCUAUUGGCCUUCAGCGGACUGGAAAGCAGGAUGAAGCUUUCACUUUGGCCCAGGAAGUGGCCACUCUAGAGCCCACUGAUGACAACUCGCUACAAGCUCUGACUAUACUGUACAGAGAGAUGCAUCGUCCGGAGUUGGUCACCAAGCUGUAUGAAGCUGCAGUGAAGAAGGUCCCGCUCAGUGAGGAGUAUCACUCUCACCUCUUUAUGGCAUACGCUCGUGUCGGGGAGUACAAGAAGAUGCAGCAAGCGGGAAUGGCCUUGUAUAAAAUUGUCCCCAAGAAUCCGUAUUACUUCUGGUCUGUCAUGAGUCUGGUGAUGCAGGCCAUCUCGGCACAAGAUGAAAAACUGGCCCAGACUAUGUUCCUGCCCCUGGCUGAGCGCAUGGUGGAGAAAAUGGUUAAGGAGGAGAAGAUUGAAGCAGAGGCAGAGGUGCAGCUGUAUUUUAUGAUCCUGGAGCGCCUGGGAAAGUGUGUAGAGGCUCUUGAUGUGAUCAGGGGCCCACUUGGGGAGAAGCUGACCAGCGAGCUGCAGAGCCGAGAAAACAAGUGUAUGAUGCUGUACCAGCGACUACAACGUUGGCCAGAGUGCAAUGCCUUGGCCCACAAGCUGCUACUCAAAAAUCCCGAUGAUUGGCAGUUCUAUCCCUCCUACUUCGACUCUCUCUUCCACCUGAUGGAUCAGUCGUGGAGUCCGCCAGAAGAAGGCGAACACUGUCCGGAGGGUGCCGUACAUCACACUGUGGCCGAAGUGGUGAGGUUUGUGGAAGAGAGAAUUAAGGGGGAGGACGGCAGGGAGUCUCGUUCACUCAGAGGACCGUAUUUAGCUCGGCUUGAAUUAAUACACAGACUGAGAGAGAGGGGCUGUCCAGAGGAAAGCCCGCUGGGUGAGCCUUUAGAGCUAAUGGUGCAGUUCUUUGGGAAGUUUGGGGACAAACCCUGCUGCAUCACCGACCUAAAAAUAUACCUACAUCUGCUCCCUCCUGAACAGCAUGUUCAGUUCAUUAACCGUCUGAGUGAAGCGGUUCCACUGGGGGAGCAGGGAGAGGAGGGGUUUGCUUUUCCGGAGGACACCAAAGCGCUACAGAGGCAUUUGUGUGUGUGUCAGCUCAGUCGAGCACUCGGGCUGCAUCACGGUCUCGACGUGGAUGGAAAACUGCGACUUAUCACGGAGCUCAAGGCUCACUAUCGUCACGGGCUCAAAUUUGGGAAGACCGCUCUGAAGACGGAGCUGCAGUUUUCUGAUAUGUAUUGUCUCAUGGCAGCUCAUGUAUACAUAGACUUGUGGACUGAGACUGGGGAUGAGAGCAUGGUGUGGCAGUGUUUGGGUCUCCUCCAGGAGGGUCUGUCUCGCAGUCAGUCCAACGCCCAGUUCAAGCUGCUGCUCCUGCUCCUCUACUGUCACCUGGGAGCCUUUGAGCCUGUAGUGGACCUUUACUCCAGCUUGGAUGCCAAGCAUGUACAGCACGACACCAUAGGGUUUCUGUUAACACGUUAUGCUGAGUCAUUGGGUCAGUUUGCUGCAGCUUCCCAGUCCUGUAACUUCUCCCUCAGGUUUUUCCAUUCUAACCAGAAAGAUACCUCAGAGUAUAUCAUCCAAGCGUAUAAGUAUGGUGCGUUUGAGAAAAUCCCAGAGUUCAUCGCUCUCAGGAACCGGUUGAACCAAUCGCUGCACUUUGCCCAAGUCCGCACGGAGAGGAUGCUGCUGGACCUGUUCCUCGAGGCUGAUAUUGUGUUGAGUCUGGAGGAAAGUGUGAAGGCCAUGUCUUUGUCUGCAGAGGAGGAUGACAUCCCCUGGGAUAAUAUGAGGGACAACAGAGACCUUACUGUUUUUACCAGCUGGGACCCUAAGGAGAGACAGCUGACUGACGAGCACCGGCGUCGGUCUCUAGAAGAGGAGUCUGUCUGGCUGAGGAUACGCUCUCUAACACUUCGCCUCCUCACCUUUUUGGCCGGCCUGGGACACGCACCCUCACAGCGGAACUCUGAGAUGGCCAACGAGAACGGAGUCGGGGACAAGACCUCGAUCCUCAGCAGCCUGCUGUCCCAGCUCAAUCAGACUCUACAGACAGCAGCUCAGAUGGUAGAAAAACGCAUACAGUAUCCAUUUCUGGGACCACCCGCCACCCGCCUGGCCCCAGCUCUGUCCAGUGGGAGCUGUCAGUGUCAGGCUGCAGCCCUCCAGCUGUCUGUCCACCUACAGGACUUGGAGACUGUUGGACUUGAUGAGUCGUCAGAGCUUCAAACCCAGAUCUGUAACGGUUUCAAAUCAUUAGUAGUACAGCUUCGAGAAAUACUGAAUAAAUGCAAAGGGGAUAUAUUGGAAAUGAAAGAGAGCAAAUUGAAAACCCGGCCCUCCUUAUUAGAAAACCUAAUCUUCUUUGUUGAGACGAUGUGCAUAGUCUUGUGGAUGGCUAGUUACUGUGCCAAGAUCCUCCGACCACUGAAGACUAGUCUACAGAAGAAGAAAAAGAAGAAAAAGGAUGCAAAUGCAGCUCUGCCAGUGGUGGUGUGUGGGUUCCAGGAGCUGACAGGGAGCUUGCAGGACCUGCUUACCCAGGCUUUGGAGCAUAUAAAGGGGCAAGAGACGGGCUUGACGGCCCUUAAACUAGCCAGUUUAACCUUGGAAGGAUACACACAGGAGGAGGCGUCGUUUACGAAGGCUGCUAUGGACAAGGUGCAGAGCAGUUACCUGCGCUCGCUACAGGAGGUGGGAGACCUGCUCAAGAAGCGAGCGGAAACUAUAAAGAACCUCAAGAUCUGAACACCAUCACACACCCCAAAUUAAGAUGACUCUACUCCCACCACCGGCCCCCUAUGCCCCUCGCCACUGUCUGUCAGCCCACCAGCUAACCCACAAGUCCUACUUUCCUUGCUGGUCCAACAAACCCAGACCCCACCUGCCAGUCACAGUCGUUUCUGACCUCUUUCCUGUCCUGUGUAUUUCUCACACAGCAUUCGUGAGCUCUCAGUCAGGAUUUUUUUUUUAUUUUUUUUUUUCCCCUUUUCUUUUCGUUUUUCUUUCACCUCAACACACACCUAUGGAACAUUUGCAACUCUUAUAGCAAAUAAGCUUGUAAGUAAACUCAAGAAUUUAUACAGCAGUUAUAAGUGAAAAUGAGGGGGGAAAAAAAACACAUGCUCCUUUUAAAAUAAAUAGAGAAAAUUAGGAAAAAUGAAUAAGCAGUUUUAGAUGAACUAAUCUAAUAAAUUAUUGUACAUAGUAAAGAGCAACUACCACAGUUCCUUGACUAAAUGAGAAUACGAGACACAGGAAACCACUGUUCUGUUUGUUGAUCAGUUACAUUUCAUCUUUAUUCCUCGCUUUGCUUUUUUUUUCUUUUUUUUUUUUUCUUCUGGUGACUUCAACAACAAUCGAAGUAAAACACAGUGAGACACACACACACACACACACACACACACUUUCAACUCUGAGGAGGAAAGUUCUUUCAAUGUGCUGCUUUUCCAGCUGUUUUCUCUCUUUCAAGAGCAAACCGGCACAACCUUGCAUUAAAACUGAUACACUCUGUGGAACACCUGGCUGCCAGCAGAAAGCCUUCGGAUUUGAAGUUUCCCGUUCAACAGUUCUUCUGUCACUCUUGUUUUUGCUUUGUCUAGCUUGUGUGUCGCUUUGGUACUGAAAGUGGAACCACCUCUGUAGAUGCAGUAUUAUAAUGAGCAAUACUGGUAUGAGUUCA